CUUCUCCUCAGAGAAACUGAAGCACAUAUGUAUCAUCUUGCACAUUUUCUAUCCCCCGCCUCUAAGGCAAAGAUUGGCCAGAAAAGUUAGAGUCAUCUGAGGGUGAACUUUGUUCUGCUCUUGAUCAAUAACCCGGGCAAUCAUGAUAAUGCUGAAACUCUGGACUCUCCUUCUUGCCUAUGCGCUGAUCAUUUGUCAGAUGUACGUCUCACAGGCAGCUCCAUCCAGAACUAGUAAGGAGUCCAUGUUAGAUGGAGUCACACUAUCGAAUGAUGACGCCCAAAGGUUACUCAGAGCUAUGAAGGAGUUCAUGCAGAUCACAGCAGAUGAGCAGGACCACCAAACAGCUGAUGGAAACAGUAAUACAACAGCACAGAAGAGGGGGUGCAACACAGCCACCUGUGUAACUCACCGUUUGGCCGACUUCCUGAGUCGGUCUGGAGGACUGGGACACACCAACUACGUUCCCACCAACGUUGGUUCCCAGGCCUUCGGCAGACGGAAGCGACAUGGCCCUGUGUGAGCACAAAGGCAAAUACAUGGACCAAGUGCCUCCUUUGAGUGACAAAACAGCAUCAUCAUCUACCUGCAAUCACUUGGAAACAACAGUAUAUACAGUAUUCUUCACAAACGUAGACUGAUCUCUUGCUUUCAGGCUGCCACCAGUCACCAAAAGGUUGUCAGUAUUCAUUGUUAGUCUGUGCUUAAAAACAGAAGUUACUAGCUUUGGUGACACCAUCACAGGGAAGUAACUGAGAAGAUAUUUUCUUUUGCUAAGGGGGAUAAGAAUAGAUUUCUUCUCUGUCUUGGCUUUCGGCUCAGCUGGUCUUCUGACUUGUAUCUGCAGUACAGUGUGUCGAACUGGAAGUCUUAUACUGAAUGUCUCCACUACUAACAAAACUUUCAACAACUGUGGCUGUCUUGUGCCUUGAUGUAAAACACUUCAUUAGAUAUCAUUAUAGUGCACAAUGCAAGUGUGAAAAAUGUACUUAUGAUUCUAAAUAUUGUAACAAUUGUGAUUUGAAAGCAGGAAUAAAUUGUAUUUUAGC